AUGGCCUCUCCGGCACUCACAAAUCUUGGCGAUGGCCAAAGUGAAGCCAAGGAACAAAUGCUGAGCCUGUAUAUCGACCAGCAGUUUUGUAGCAAGAUCCAGCUGAACAUGCUUUCUGGCAUGCAAGGCAUCCACAUGCGGCUAGUGGCGAUGGCCACGCUAUAUGCGGAUGAAUGGUACCAUUUGCGCAAAGACACCUCGCAUGCAGCAGUCGCAGCGUUUGUCCGUGCACUGCGGAAAGAUCCGCAGGUGACGGUGCAUCCCUUGCAGGAACUCCUCAUCUACAUGGCGAGUAGAUCCUUGUUGAAUUUUUUUCUAGAUGAAUCACCUCGUGAUGCACAAACAUCAGCGGAAACUGCGGCCUUUUCAGCCAACAACGUUGGUAUCCCAGAACGAAAGCUUUUUGGGGAAGAGUGCAACCCCUCUUUUGCGUAG